AUGCGGCAGGGUGUGGCUGAGGCGGAUUUCUUCAGAGCUGUGGCAACAAAGGACCUGACACUCUUGCGACGUCUUAUAGCGGCCAAAAGGGAUGUCAACACGCGUGGUGAGCGCAAUCGCACCCCGUUGCAUCUCUGUGUAUGGGACAACUAUGUGGAUGGGGCACGCGUUCUGUUGGAGGCAGGUGCUGACAUAAACCUUUUGGAUGAUCUGCAUGACACACCGUUUCUUCUUGCUGGUGCGGAGGGACGUGUGGAGAUCAUGAAGUAUAUGCUGAAGUAUGCCAAGCCGGACUUGACGCUGCGUAAUCGUUACGGCGGCUCAGCACUGAUUCCGGCGUGUGAGCGCGGUCACGUAGAGAUGGUAAAUCUGUUGAUAAAGGCAGGCGUCAAUGUGGAUCAGGUGAAUGAUUUUGGGUGGACAGGGCUGCUGGAAGUGUUGGAGCUCGGAGGCGACGACAUGGACCAUGUUGAUAUCACAAAGGCGCUGAUCGCGGCUGGGGCGGAUGUGAACCUCACCGACAAGGAAGGGAGGACGCCACUUUACGUGGCAAAAAAACACAACUUAAAGCGCAUCAGCAAGCUUCUCGAGGAGGCCGGUGGCCGAGUGUGA